CAUGUCUUUUCUCUGGGUGUCCUGAGUCAUUCACCACCAUGGAGUGUGGGUGUGCGCAUCUCUGAGCAGGCUCAGCCCCUCUGAACUGUCUCCAGCCUCCAUUGGUCCCUAGAAGGUCAGGGUUGGAGACUUGCUAGGAGCCUGGUGGGAUGGGGUGGCACUGCUGGGAUGGGGAGGGGAGGGAGACAGCAGUGUGCACUAAAGGCCUGGCACUGAGGCUUCCCAGGCAGGCGAGUCCCAACACAGGCAGACAGGUGGGGCUGACCUGACAGGUUCCAGAGGCCAGGGGCAAUGGGGCGGAGCAUAGCUCUGACUUAGGGUGGCGACAAGUUGGGGGCCCUGCCUCACACUGGGAGGGCCAGCGAGAGACAGUGUAGCUAGUAUCUUCUUCCUGCUGCAGCCAACUCAGGUGCAGGCAAUGGAGCCUGCCUGCCGGUGAGACAACCAAGUGGCCAGGCAUAUUCGGAGGCCUAGGGCCUGAAGGAACCCAGGGAAUGGCAGGGCCCCUGCGGGGCCGGGUGGAGGAACUGAAGCGGUCCUGGUGGCGGGAGAGCUCACCCCUAGUGCUGCAGCACAGCGAGGCGGCUAGGCUGGCAACCGAUGCCCUCCUGGAACGGGGUGAGGCUGCCUACCUGCAGGUCAUCUCUGAGGAGCAUGAGCUGCCCUUCCUGAGUGCCCUGGAUGUGGACUACAUGACCAGCCAUGUGCGUGCGGGUCCUGAGCUCAGUGAGCCCCAGGGCCUAGAGGCCUCAGGGCCUGACCGCCUCAGCCUGCUCUCUGAAGUCACCUCAGGCAGCUACUUCCCCAUGGCCUCUGAUGUAGACCCUCCAGACCUGGACCUGGGCUGGCCUGAGGUUCCACAGGCCACGGGCUUCAGCCCCACCCAGGCCGUGGCCCACUUCCAGAGGGACAAGGCCAAGAACAUCAAGGACUUGCUUCGUUUCCUCUUCAGCCAAGCUCGAAAGGUGGUGGCUGUGGUGAUGGAUGUAUUCACUGACAUGGAGCUUCUGUGUGACCUCAUGGAGACCUCAAGCAGGCGUGCUGUCCCUGUCUACCUGCUCCUGGCAGAGGAGCACCUGAGGCACUUCCUGGAGAUGUGCUACAAGAUGGACCUCAAUGGGGGUCACCUACCGAACAUGCGUGUGCGGAGCACAUGUGGGGACACAUACUGCAGCAAGGCAGGUCGCCGCUUCACUGGGCAGGCUCUGGAGAAGUUCAUCAUCAUCGACUGUGAGCAGGUGGUCGCAGGCAGCUACAGCUUCACUUGGCUUUGCAGCCAGGCCCACACCAGCAUGGUGCUGCAGCUGAGGGGCCGCAUCGUGGAAGACUUUGAUCGGGAGUUCCGCUGUCUGUAUGCUGAGUCACAGCCUGUGGAAGGCUUUUGUGGCACUGAGGAUUCACUGUCUCCCCGGGUACCACGUCCUCCCCCGGUGGGCCUGGCCUUUGGGCCUGGCAUCCCAAGCCCUGAAUGCUCCUCACCCUCUAGCACCAGUCUCUGCAGCAUCAAACGCUCACCUCUCACGGGCCGCUCUUCCUACCUUGCUCUACCAGGAGGUGGUGGCUGUAGUGACACGGCUAUAGGGUCCUCACCCCCAGGCCCUGCCCAUCGAGAAGGUGGUGGCCAGCCUUCCCUGCAUCGACAGCUGUCAGACCCUAACCAUAGCUCCCCUCACGGGCCCUACAGGGCCAACCUGGGCAAGCUGGGAGCAUUCCCAUGGUCCCAGUCCUCCCCUGCCCUCAACCACAAUAGCCCCAGUCCUUUGACCCAGGCAGUGGGGUCACCUCUGCUCCCCCACCCCCGCCCUCUCCUCCACUUUCCCAGGGGAUUCCCAGUUCUGUCCCGGCUCCCAGAGAAUGGGCUUCCAGGAAGCCAGAAGCUCAGUCCCCCAAGAAGUCGCCAGAUACUUGGCACAGCCUUGGAGAUGACAGAGGAGAAGAAGGCAUCUCUGAGUCAGAGCCAUGGCCAGCUGGACCUUCUAGUCCCAUUCCCUAGAGCCCGAGAGGGAGGUCCUGACCCUGGGGUUACCCCCAAUUCAGGUGCCCAUCAGCCAAAUGAGCAAGCCCCAGAAGAAAGGAGGCUGUCCUUGAGCCAGAGCUAUAGCCAGCUGGACCUCCUGCCCCAGACCCAGGAUGCUGGAGUUACCCCUGAGUCAGAUGCCCUCAGACAUGGUGAUGUAGCCCCAGGACAGGAGGACAGAUGGCUGUCCCCAAACCACCACCAUGCCCAGCUGGACCUCCUGGUACAGGACCCCAAGGGUAAGAGCUCCAGAGUGCCUGCUGAAGCCAACUGCCCAGCCAGGCCUGGCAAGCAGGGUCUAGAUGAGCGAAGACAGAUGCUGGGCCAUAGCCAGCUGGACCUCAUCACCAAGUUUGGCCCAUUCGGGAAUGAGGGGCCUGGGCCCACUGGUCUCCCAGGACCAAGCACUGCUCGAAUGGCUGGAGGAGGCCCUGGGGACGAGAAACAGCUGACUCUGGGCCACAGCAAGCUGGACCUCAUCACCAAGUACCAUCAGCUGCAGGGGGCCAGGCAAGAACCUGAGCCUGUCCUUCCUAGGGGCCCCACUGGUGGCCAUCAGAAUGGUAACAAUGAUCUGUCUGAGAAUGAAAAACGGCUGACUCUGGGUCACAGCAAACUGGACCUCAUCACUAAGUACAACAAAUCUAAGUUCAAGCUUCUCCGAAGUCGCUUUGAAUCCUAGUCCUGCUUCCUCCAUCCCGUGACUCUGCUAGCUCAGUUUGUGGACCCUGGGGUGGGAGUGUAAAAAUGGGGCUGCACAGUGAGGGUAGACAUCUAGAAGUCCAGGUCAGAUACUCCCUGGACUCAUACACAGAUACACACACACACACACACACACACACGAGUAAAGGGAAAUCAGUUAUUGAGUGCCUACUGUACCUCUCUAUGCUGGGCACUUCAGACUAAUUACUCUUCUCAUCUAUCAUACUCACAACAUCCUAAAAGAUGGACUCCCUGUUGGUACAUAGUUAUAGGAUGACAGGUAAUAGCCUCCUUUUAUUUAAAAAAAAAAUUUUUUUUUUUGUACCAGGGAUCAAACUCGGGUCCUUGCAGUUGCGCAGUAGGUGGUGAAACCACUGAGCUAAACCCCCAGCCCUCCUCCUUUUAUAUAAAUGUGGGAGCUGAGGCCCAGGGAGUUGGAUGACUUAAUUGGAGGUGGGUCAAAAUAAACGGAGUAAAAACGUCUGCCAGACCUGUGUCCACCGGUUCUGAAGACUGUAAUUUUUGCACACAUGGCAUAUGAUAUCUACAGUUCAUGCGUCUCCUUCACACAAAAUGCAACACCACAGAGAUCCCCAAAUGCCCAUGAACAGCAUAUUAACACAGUAGGGUAAACACUCAUAAACUGCACACACAUAGAUACAUACAGUAAAUACACAAAGGUCACUGUGAUAAACCCAAACACUUGAUACUUAGUUGAGGUUAUGCAACAAACAUCAGCUGGAAAAAUGAUUACACAAAAUACAUGCAUUCAGUUACACUACAGAUCCCCUCAGUAUCCACAAACUGCAAAUACGAACAUGACUCAAAACACACACACACACACACACCAAUUACUUUCUGCUUAUACUUGAGCUGUGUUGCCAGUCUUAUACUGUACAUGCUCUAGGGUUGAUAGAUAAAUCAGACCCAGACACUGGAGGAUGUGGGUUAAACGUGUAUUCAACAGUGAAACAAGAUAUGGACGUGUCAAAUGAAAAUCUAACCAGAGGGUGAUAAAGUCAUUGAGCUGGUAAAGUGGUCAGGAAAGCUUCUUAGAAAAGUAAGGCCUUAAAGGAUGGAAAGGUUUCAGAAACAUGGGGGAGAGAAAAGAAAUUCUUGGUAGAGUAAGUCAUAUGAAUGAAAGGAAGACCAUAAAGGAAUAAGUGGGUCUGAGGACAAGUAGAGCAUGUGGAUAGCCAGACCCACACACACAUACAUCUUGCUGAGUGUCUGUUACAGCACAGUCUGUAACAAAAUGUGUGCCUCUUUCCUAGGCUCAUCUCCUGUCUGGGACAGAGUAUGUGAUACAAAUGAAUAAAGG